AUGGCCAGCUCUAGAUUGACUUACAGGCGGAGGAAUCCGUACAACACCCGCUCCAACAAGGUCCGCGUCAUCAAGACCCCGGGUGGAAAGCUUCGUUACCUCCACAUCAAGAAGAGGGGAACUGCCCCCAAGUGUGGUGACUGUGGCAUCAAGCUUCCUGGAGUUCCUGCUCUCCGCCCCCGUGAGUACUCACAAAUCUCCAAGCCCCAGAAGACCGUUCAGCGUGCCUACGGUGGUUCUCGCUGCGCCAACUGUGUCAAGGACCGCGUUGUACGUGCGUUCUUGAUCGAGGAGCAGAAGAUUGUGAAGAAGGUCCUUAAGGAAGCCGCUGCCAAGAAGAAAUAG